AUGAUCAACCGUGAUCAAAACUUCUUAGUGGGCGAAUGGAAUCUGGAGGCGAUAUCUGGGAACGUUCGCGGCGACGUGUGGUGGCACGCCAACAACGCUCGCAGUGAUGAGAACGCACGAGAAGAACAAGGAGACGACGGUUUUGGAGAGCUGAAGUACACAUGCGACGACGACGACGAGAUCAACAGUCCCAAAAACGCCUCAAAACGGAAGAAGAAGAAGACAAAGAAGAAGGAGAUGUCCGUCGAGUUUGAAAUUCGACUGAAAGACGUGAGACUCGUUUUGAAUGAACGCGACGAGAGCGCGAAUCGUGGUGGUCGAUUUUUCUCUCGCGCGAUUGCGUUGAGCCACUUUCUCGCGAUGAAAAUGUUCUUGCGCGUGUUUCAAUUCGUCGCUCGCCUCUGCGUGCCGAAGAAAAAAUUGUCGCAGAUAAUGUUCUAUUCCGGAACGUACAGCGACGCAGACUUUGUAUCGUCCGAAGGAACUGCGUUUGAAAAGAUAAUUUUCGUUUCACCUGAUGAUGAUGACUAUAGCGACAGUAUUGGAUACGUCGAACACGACGUCAUAAAGUGCUCUGAGAAUAUAAAAACGUUUACGGAAAAAGAGAUGCGUUCGAGACACUUGAAAAAAGAUGUCCGGGAUACGAAACUCCUUCUCGUCCGUAAAUUUCAUUUGAAUAAGGAUAAAACUGUUUUAACGCUCGUUACUCCGAACGAUUCUACGAGUAAGAAGCCCGGAUUGCAACUAAAAUGGAGAAAAAUCGUCCAUUAA